UACUUAUAUCCCUGGGACAUUAGAAGAGAAGGACUUUAAAAAUGAACAUGGCAGUAGCUUGUUUAGUGUUCUUCCUGGCUGCCACACAAGCACUGACUGAGGAGAUGGAAUGGACAGAAGGGAGUCACUGGCCAUCUAAUGACCAAUAUCAGGCGGAUCUAGAGGAGCCAACAUAUGACAAAUAUAUGCUGAGAAUUGCAAGAAAUCGUAAUCCUGAAAAAUUUUAUGGACUUCCAGGAAAGAGAGAUAUUGGAUAUAAAGCUGGUAACUUCAUCGGGUUGAUGGGAAAGAGAUCAUUAAGUUCCGAGUCCGCAGAAAGAAAAACAGACUUGGACUUCUACAGAAGACGUAAAUGAACGGCCCAUCUGCUGUAUUUUUAACUACAGAUUACAGAAUGUAAAAUAGUCUAUUUCUUCAGAUGGCAAAAUAUUCGUUCAGUGACCAUAGCAGAACAUGUAC